AUGGCUGCCGGAACUGGGGUUGUAACAACAUCUAGCAUUUUAUCUUUCUCAAUGAUGAACUUUGGGUGGAAGUCUGGAGUCCAUUCUCUAACAUCAACAAUGGCGAUAUCUUCACUCUCAUUGAGUUGGGUUUCCACAACCUUAUCCCAAAAGUUAAAUGUCCCUAGUUCGAAUGAAAUAUUGCCUAGAAUCGCAGCAUUUUCUGGCAAUAACUCUGUCACAUGCAGUACGGAGGCAACCUUCGACGAAGAAAGCAAUUGCAAGAGACGUCUGCUAAUGCUAGGAGCUGGAGCACUAACGACAAGUCUACUCCCAGCAAAUUCCCUUUUCGCUGAAGAGAUACCAAAGAACUAUAAAUCUUUUGUGGACUUUGAAGAUGGGUAUUCAUAUUAUUACCCCUCAGAUUGGAUAGAUUUUGACUUCAGGGGACAUGAUUCUGCAUUUAAGGACAGAACGAAGCAAUUGCAGAAUGUUAGGGUGAGAUUUAUACCAACCGAGAAAAAAGACAUUCAUGAAUUGGGUCCAAUGGAAGAGGUUAUAUACUUUUUGGUGAAGCACAGGUAUGCAGCACCAAAUCAAAUGCCAACAAUAUAUAGCAUGCAGGAGAAAACUGUAGACGGAAAAAGCUACUACACGUUCGAGUACGAACUUACAUCUCCAAACUACUCAAGUGUUUCAUUUGCAACCAUAGCUAUUGCCAACGGGAGACAUUACACUCUGAUUGUGGGCGCAAAUGAAAGACGGUGGAGAAGAUAUCGCAGCCAGCUUAAAGUUGUAGCAGACUCUUUCAAGGUGCUUGACAUCUAA